AUGGCCGCCGCCGGCCUCGUUCAGACCAGUCUCAUCUGGGUCACCUACGCCGUGGCUGUUGGCCUCUGCCUGGUCGCCGCCGUCAUCACCACCUUCACCUGGCAGACGCCGCGCGAGCGCUCCGCCAUCGUCAGCGUCGUCGCCAUCGUCAGCUUGACGUCCCUCCUCGCGACCGUCCUGCUCCUCCCCGUCGACAUUGCCCUCGUUUCCGCGACCGGCUCCUCCGCGCACGGCGCCAAAAAGGACUGGGCCACGCCCGAGCGAAUCGACGAGAUCCUCUUCACCCUCAAGGUCGUCUAUUACAGCCUCUACAGCUUCGACUCCCUGCUGUGCCUCAUCGUCAUCCCCUUUGCCUACUUCUGGCACGAGGAAUAUGACGAGAUCGAAGUCGAGGAGGGUCGCACUCUCACUAGCCGCUUCUGGGCCGCUGCCAAAUACACCCUAUUCUUCGUCGUAUUCGUUGUUGUCCUCUUCCUGCUCGGCUUCUUCGUCCCAGCGGCUGGCGAUAGCUCCAAAGAUCACUGGGAUCUCGACUACUUCAAGCAUCUAAUUUCUCAGAACCACGGAGAGAAGGCACUGACCUUUGCUCUCGGUCUUCUGAUGACGAUUGGCACGCUACUUUACGUUGUCUAUACUGGCGCCGGACUUGCUCUGUUGCCCAUCGCCUUCAUCAGAUCCGCACCUUCAAUCUCCGCCCCGCAGCUUUCCGAAACGACCGCUUCUCAGCUCGAACAAAACCGCGAACGACAGCGACAGAUUGAGAUGCGCAAUGUUGGCCGUCAGGAAGAGAUGUCACGCAAGGAUCGCCGGGAGUUGGAUGCUUUGGUCAGAGAGGAGCAGACCUUGGUUCGACGAGAGAGAUUGGCCGCUGAGGCGCAGGGAGAAGGCAGGAGCAAGGUCUACCAGGCAUGGCUCAAGGUCUGCGUUCUUUUCCGACCGAUCAAGAUGCUGGGCGGCAUCCUCCUGCUUGUUCUCGCCAUCCUCAUCUGGGUCUCGAUGCUGAUUACGGGCAUCGACAAGGCCAAGAACUCGGUCUGCAAGCGGCGUUGUGGCUAUAUCCUGGGCCAAAUUCACCUGUUCCAGCCUAUGAACUUCAUUUUUGUCAAGGCGGCGAAGGCUUUCCCAGUUGACUACGUCCUGAUGGCUCUACUGGUGCUCCUGUUCUUCAGCAGCUCCAUCUCAGGUGUCGCCACCGUCGGCAUCCGCUUCCUUUGGGUUCGCAUCUUCCAGAUUCGCAAGGGCCGCACCGCUCCCCAGGCGCUGCUCAUCGCAACUGUGUUACUGGGCCUCAUUAUUUUGGCCACUAACUACAGCAUCGCUAUGAUGGUUGCUCCCCAGUAUUCCAUCUAUGGAACCCAGACUUUCUGCUCCAAUGCGCCAGACUUCCCCGGAACGCAACCUAACUGCAAGGGUCACCCGGACAAGAUCCAACCUUGCUCCGAGCUCUUGGACUACAGGCACGCAAAGGAUGUUUGCACCCCGUCCAUGAUGUCGACAUUUUUGAACCGAAUCACUAUCACGUGGCCAUUCUUCGGUCUCGUCGACUUCUGGGCACAGUUUGCUUUCUUAGGCGUCUUCCUCAUUGUUUUCGUCACGGCGCUUUUCCGCUCCCCCAAGGUCAACAUGUCCGAGUUUGACGAGCAGGCCGAGGCCGACGAGGAGGAGAGCCUCCUCGCCACCACAGGAAGGCGGUUCGGCGCGACCUGGCAGGAUGUGAGGGGCAAGACUGGGUCAGGGAACCAUUCUAGCAAUGGCGGGAACGGAUCACGGUCUAACGAUGUUUGA